GCAGGAUGCGGAAAAAUGAUGAUUAAUGGGAGCAAUAAAAAAAUAGUAUCAAACUCAUUAAAAAGUGCUAAAAUAUUUUUCCCUGCGUAUUGUAAAGAAGUUUGUCUGUUUGGGUAUUGUUUCGGAAAUUAUUUUGUAAAUUCACAGCCCUUGUCUAAUCUACCGACGGCGAUCGAAGCUCUUUUUUCUUCAAAGGCAGUGCCCGUCAAACUGACUGGUUCUUCCGGGUCCACAUUCAACGGUCCUUUCACGCACUCGCAUGGCAAGAUGAUCGCGGCAGGAGCUAAAAUUUUGAAGCCGGGUGGCGCUGAGCCCGAUGCCUUCGAGGUGUCCAUCUCCCAGGCUCUCAUGGAGCUGGAGAUGAACAGCGACCUGAAGGCACAGCUGCGUGAGCUGCAUAUUACUAAGGCCAAGGAAAUUGAGCUGAAUGGCAAGAAGUCCAUCAUCAUCUAUGUGCCAAUUCCUCAGCUGAAGCUCUUCCAGAAAAUCCAAACUAGGUUGGUCCGUGAGCUUGAAAAGAAAUUCAGCGGCAAGCACGUUGUCUUUGUUGGUGAGAGGAAAAUUUUGCCCAAGCCCACCCGUAAGACUCGUACUCAAAACAAGCAGAAGCGGCCCAGGAGCCGGACCCUCACUGCUGUGUAUGAUUCCAUCCUUGAGGACCUGGUUUUCCCUGCUGAAAUCGUCGGAAAGCGCAUCAGGGUCAAGCUUGACGGAUCACAGCUCAUUAAGGUUCAUCUGGACAAGAAUCAGCAGACAAAUAUUGAACACAAGGUUGACACCUUUGCCUCAGUUUACAAGAAACUGACUGGAAGGGAAGUGUCAUUCGAGUUCCCAGAACCCUACUUGUAAAUGUUUCCAACCUAUUAAAUUGAUACAAAAAAAUAAAAACAAUCUUAUUUCUGUC